CGGAGAAAAGAUAUAAGCGUCCCCGGGACGCUGACAAGGUGCCAGCUGCGGAGUCUCCAUCUGGGAGAGCCGCGGCUGCCGACGAGGAGGAGAACGCAGAGGCCCGGCGGACCGACGGACGCGCCGACCGCCGGUACGUCGCCACCCCCAGCUCGCGCUGCCUCCUGCUCGCGCUGCAGCACCAAGGUCACUCCCACCCCCGACAGCCUAGAGAGCCCAGAGCCGAGAUGGAAACGGUCCAGCAGCUGAUUCCUCUGGCCAAGGAGAUUAUGGCCCAGAAGCCGAACCGGAAAAUGCUGAAGCUGUACGUGCUGGGCAGCGUGCUGGCCUUCUUCGGCGUGGUGAUAGGCCUGGUGGAGACUGUGUGCAGCCCCUUCACGGCCUCCAGGCGCCUGCGGGAGGAGGAGGCAGCUGUGGCCGCGCUGCAGGCCGCCCGGGAGCGAAAAGCCCUCCCGACACAAGCCCUGCUGGAGAAAGGCAAGCAGCAGGAGGCCAUCCUCUGCACCCGGGCCCUCUCCAACCGGCAGCAUGCCUCCUAAGAACCUGGGAGACCAGCAGAGGGAGGGGGAGAGAGAGAAGACUGAGCUAGAGACACAGAGAGACAGAGAGAGAGGGCAAGGCAAGAAAGAGAGCGCAGGUCAACCUCAAGUGGGAGAGAGCAGGAGUCCUGUGCUGUUUGGACUUCCUUCUGAGAAGCCACUGACUUCCAGAACUGAACUACCACAUGGAUCCACCAAAAGGAGUUUGGGAUUGAGUUUUGCUGCUGUGCAGCAGUGCAGAAGGAUGAUGUAUCCAAAACUAUGUAUCUUUAAGCUAUCUGAGUGUAUCUACCAUUUUGCACUGGGGCAGAGGGAGGAGAAAUGCUUUUCAUAUUAUUAUUAUCAUUAUUAUUAUUAUUAUAUUAUUAU